GCGAAAAGCCAUGCCUCUAGGGCUUUUCAGCUCUGGAAAAGCACAAGUUCUGUGUGAUGAAAAAAUUCCUGGAGGCAAGAAAAAGGAACCGAAACAAUUAAGUGAGAAUAAAUGCAAAGGUGUCACAUUGAAGUUAGACCAUACACGAGUCACUAUAGAGAAGCAAAUCGCCGAAGGUGGAUUUGCAAUCGUCUACGUUGCGAGCGAUAGAAAAAACAAUAAAUUCGCCUUGAAACGUCAAUUCACCAAAGACAAUGAGAAACAGCUGGAGGCAUGUUGCAGAGAGCACAGUUUUCUGAAACAAUGUAUUGGUCAUAAAAAUAUUGUGGAAUUCGUUGACAGUUAUACAAAUUGCCUUGGAAAUGGUAUUUGGGAAUGCAUGCUGUUGACAGAAUAUCAUCAAAAAAACGUCUUGCAAUUGAUGAACGAAAGAAUAUCUCAAAACCAAUAUUUAACAAACGACGAGAUUCUCUCAAUUUUCACGGAUCUCUGUGAAGCCGUAUCCUUCAUUCAUAAUCGGCCACAACCUAUCAUUCAUCGCGAUUUAAAAGUUGAAAAUGUACUCAUUUCUUCCCAUAAACCACCACAUUACGUUCUCUGCGAUUUUGGAAGUGCUACCACUCAAAUUUUAUCUGUGGAAAAGUAUGGAGUAGAAUAUGUGAAGUCAGAAGUGGAAAGGAAUACGACUAUGUGUUAUCGAUCGCCUGAAAUGAUUGAUUUUUACAGUGGAUUAGAGAUUGGCCUAAAAUCUGAUAUCUGGGCACUGGGCGUUCUUCUAUACAGGCUAUGCUUUUUCUGUGUUCCUUUCGAAGAAUCACCGUUAGCAAUUCAAUCUGUCAAUUAUCAAUUUCCAUCCGUUCCAAAUAUUCCCGACGAGAUCAAAGUUUUGAUUUACAUGCUUCUCGAUAUCGACGUAAAUCGGCGACCAUCGAUAUAUCAAACAUCAGUGUUGGCGUUUGAAGCGAAUCAUCGGAAACCACUUUCAGAAGAGAUUCAAAAUAAGAAAUGCACCGACGCAGUUCCUUCAUUAAAAUCAUGUAUUCAAUUGAUGAGAGAUGGAUCGAAUCCACGUAACAAAAGAGAUUCAUCACCACGAAAUCCUGAAGCUCCGCCAAUUCAAUCAAGCUCCAAAAUGGCUUCUUUGUCUCAACAAGUCCCAUCAAUUUCCAAUAUUUCAAUGCCAUCCGGUUCUGGAACUGUAGAAACAUCAGUUGCUCCACGACUCCGUCCUAAAGCGACCACAGUUGUGCCGAAUGUUCCCAGUAUUUCACCAGUUCCACCUGUUGGUCUGCCACAUUUGAGGCUACCGUCAAAAGGUUCAACAGACGAAACUGAUGGAAGUCAAGUCCGAAAAGUUCCCAUUGAUUUUCAUCAUAGACAAUCUUUCUCUGGAGAAGAACAAUUGAAACCAGCAGCUGAAGCUGAUUCAGCAGGGCCACUGUCUUGCCCGCUCAUCAAACCAACUGAUUUAGGAUUCACUGAUCUGGAUAAACCUGCUCUUCCGAGAGAUCGUGCUCAAACUGAUGGAAAACGAAGACUUCCUCACGAAUCGGACAUUAUUUUUCAACAGCAGCAUCGGAGAAAUGUCAGCGACACUAGCCAAAUUUCAAGGAGCGCUUUCAAGCCGUACAGUAGUCAACAAACUACGUCAAAAACUAGUUCACAAGUUGUUCGAAGCGUCGAGGACAUGUCACAACGGCAGAAUGGUGGAUCGGGAGAAUGGAAUCCAUUCCUGGUUGCACCGUUUUCAAAUAACUCGAUCAGUCGGAAAGAUGGACAGGAGAGUGCAUUUAUGAUGGAUGAUUCGCAUUUUGGAAUGGUUUUUGAUGAAAUUCGGAGAAAAGAAAUUCCCGCCGAAUUGGACAGUGAAACAUCCUCAAUUGAUUCUCGUGAUCCAUUCGGAGCUGCUCCAUUUGAUCAAUUAACAGUAUCAACAUCAUCAUCUGCACAACCAGUAUCUCUACCACCAGCUACUGACGAGGACGAUGAAAGGCAAUUGCUCAGUGAAACAGAUGAAGAAGAAAAAUAUGAAAUUGAUGAGAAAGAAGAGAUUCAGACGAAAAAAGAUGAAACUAUAAACGAGGAAGAUAGUGAAAUUGAUGAACAACGAAUGAAUGAUAGACGCAGAUAUUCAUAUGAGAAUAUUGAUGGAGUUGGAGAUGAUGCCAGUAGUGAUAGUCGAGGAAAAACUGAUCGAGAUGAUUCUGAGGAAGAAGAGGAUGAUGAUAGUCGGCGAGGCGGUGACACUUCUCACGACGAGGACUCUCAAAAUACAGUUGGAAGUGAAGAUGGAGAAGGUGGAAGUCGUCCUUUAUUAGAAGAUGAUGGAUUGGAGGAUGACGAUGAUCACGAACUGAUCUCAUCAUUCUCAUCUUCAUCUACUAAUUACCCACCACUAUUCAUUGGAACAUCAACUCCGCAUACACAGAAUCCUAUCACGAAUCCAUUUCUCCGAGAUGAGCUUACUCCGAAAAUGAUCAUCACUGCUCCGUUGCCCACAGCAAAAAAUAACUUGGAUGAUGACUGGGAUCUUGGAGAUCGGUGGACGGAUCGGAGAGAUACGGUAUUUGAAAGACCUGCGUCUGAACAUCAAAACGUCUUUGCACCAGCCACAUUACCAAGACAAGCAACUCCGUUGGUUUGUCGAUUUAAGCCGGAUCUACCCACAGCUGCUCCUGUUUCAAUAAUUCCAUCAAUGUCAAAUACAUCGUUUCCUGAAGCUGUUCGAGACUCUGAUACAGUCCCUUGUGAGCCAAUUAUUGGAACUUUAAUUUCUGUUGGCGCACCUACGGAUCCACCACCACCACCUCUUCCAAAGAAACCAACAGAAGCUUCUCCAACACAAGAGACGACUGCAACGAUUCCAGUGGCUUUGGGUAAAAAGGAGAAAUUGUUGAAAAAGGAGAAGAAAAAAGAGAAAAAAGAUGGGAAGAAGGAUAAAUUAAAAUUAGAAGAAUAUCGAGAAAAAGGAUCCUCUGAACCUGAAACCGAUGGAUCUGAAGCUGAAAUAUGGACGAAUGAUGGAGCAACAACUUUUUCGAAUAAGAAAAAGAAAAAGAGCACAUUUGGAUUACGAUCAUCACAUCCAUCAAUUGUUGCAAAUGAUUUGCAGUUCUCUUCUCCAAUGCCUCCAGUUGUUAAAAAAUCAUCCAAAGAUAAAAAAUCGUCACUGACUGGCAAAAAUGCAUCAUUUGUGAAUACAUCCUUCCAACCGGAAGAUCAUGAUGAUCCAACCGACUUGUAAACUGGAAUUUUUCAUAUUUCUUUUUAUAUAUUACACAAUUUGUUCUUUUUAGUGAUUUGCAAUUCACCCUCCCCCCAAAGUUGUCGUUGUGUCAAAUUUAGAAUCACUUAUUUUCUCAAUUAUUUAUUUUCUUUUGGUAUUUUCCCGCCAAUGUACUUAUGAUAUGUAUAAUAUGGAAUAUGCUUUCCUUGUAAUUUUCAUAUUUUGGUAUCCACCCACGCAUGUAGUUGUGAUAGACUCAAUCUCCCAGUUUCAUAUGCAUAUUUUCUGUAAUUUAUUAAUUCUUUUUUCAACUUUUUUUCUGCAAGUUUUAGUACAAUUUUUCUGACCCGAAAUAAAUUAUUUCGAAUUG